AUUUCUUUGUCUUUAUUUUCUCCAAAAAAAAAAAUAAAAGCCAAACUUUCUCUACUCAAAUCUCUUGUAAAACAAUCACCUCUUCUCUCUCUCUCUCUCUCUCUCUCCCUCCCUCUCCCUCUCCUUCGAGGUCUACAGCAGUCAAAGUUCGUGGGUUCUUCAAAAUUUUGUUGCAGGAUUGUGACAUCAUGUUGGGAAAUGGAGUUGUUGGUAUCCUAUCCGAGUCUUGUAAUGUAUGGGAAAGGAGAGCUCCAUUAACCCCUGCCCACUGUGCUCGCCUUCUGCUCAGUGUAAACGGAAAUGGAGUUGAUCGUAUAAUAAUUCAGCCAAGCACUAAACGUAUCUAUUAUGAUUCACAAUAUGAGGAUGUUGGUUGUGAAAUAUCAGAUGAUCUAUCUGAAUGUGGUCUCAUUUUAGGAGUCAAGCAACCAAAGUUGGAGAUGAUUCUGCCUGAUAGAGCAUAUGCAUUCUUUUCCCACACCCACAAGGCUCAGAGUGAAAACAUGCCUUUGUUAGAUAAGAUUCUAUCUGAAAGGGUGUCACUAUAUGAUUAUGAGCGUAUUAUUGGAGAUGAUGGCAGAAGGUUGCUUGCAUUUGGAAAAUUCGCUGGUAGAGCGGGAUUCAUUGACUUCUUACAUGGUCUGGGAAAAAGAUACUUGCAUCUUGGCUAUUCUACACCUUUUCUGUCUCUUGGGGCGUCUUAUAUGUAUACUUCUUUGGCUGCUGCCAAGGCUGCAAUAAUUGCUGUUGGUGAAGAAAUAGCUACACUUGGUCUGCCAUCUGGAAUUUCUCCUGUUGUCUUUGUGUUUACAGGAACUGGAAAUGUUUCUCAGGGUGCACAGGAGAUAUUUAAGCUUUUGCCGCAUACUUUUGUGGAUGCUUGUAAGCUUCCAGAGCUUGUUGAACAGGCUGGGAAUCACUCUCAACGAUCACAAAAAACAAGAAGAGUUUUUCAGGUAUAUGGUUGUGUUGUGACUUGUGAAGACAUGGUUAUUCCCAAGGAUUCUGGGCGCAAUUUUGAUAAGGAGGACUACUACGAACAUCCAGAACACUAUAUCCCUGUUUUCCAUGAUAAGGUUGCUCCGUAUGCAUCAGUCAUUGUUAAUUGCAUGUAUUGGGAAAAGAAAUAUCCUAGAUUGCUCAGCGCCCAACAAUUACAAGAACUGAUGAAGAAAGGAAGUCCUCUUGUAGGCAUUUCAGAUAUAACUUGCGAUAUUGGUGGUUCAAUUGAAUUUGUUAACCGAAAUACAUACAUAGACAAACCCUUCUUCAGAUAUGAUCCUUUCACUGAUUCAUAUCAUGAUGAUAUGGAAGGCGAUGGGAUAAUAUGUUUGGCUGUCGACAUUCUUCCAACAGAGUUUUCAAGGGAGGCUUCUCAACACUUUGGGGACAUACUCUCUCAAUUUAUUGGCAGCUUGGCUUCAACUAAGAAUAUAAGAGAACUGCCUCCCCACUUACGGGCAGCUUGCAUAGCUCACGAAGGAGCACUUACUUCCAUGUAUUCUUAUAUUACUCGAAUAAGAAAUUCUUCUUCAUUGGAAGCACAAACAAAUCCUGUGAAUGUGUCAUCUAGCAGGAAGAAGUGUAAUACACUGGUAUCUCUCAGUGGCCAUUUGUUUGAUCAGCAUUUAAUUAACGAAGCUUUAGACAUUAUUGAAGAAGCUGGUGGAUCUUUUCACUUGGUUAAAUGUGAAGUGGGCCAAAGUGCAGAUGUCAUGUCCUAUUCUGAACUCGAAGUUGGUGCAGAUGAUGCGAACACUCUCAAUCAAAUAAUUGAUUCUUUAAUUUGUCUUGCAAAUCCAAGUCACAAAGAUGGAUCCUUAAACAAGGAGAAAAUAUUAUCUCUGAAAGUUCGGAAAGUUAAUGAAAAAAUGUUGGAUGAUGGAGAUUGCUUUAAGAAAAAACCAGCAGUUUUGAUUCUGGGUGCAGGCCGCGUUUGCCGUCCUGCUGUGGAGUUUUUAGCAUCAGUUGGAAAUGUUUCUUCAAGAGAUUCUUUGAAAAUAUGCCAAAGCAUUGGCGUUGAAGAAAUAACUGAAUUUCAAGUCAUAGUAGCUUCUCUUUAUAAGAAAGACGCAGAAGAGACGAUCGACGGUAUCUCAAAUGCAACAGCUGUGGAACUUGAUGUAAAGAACUAUGAAAGUCUUUCCGAGUGUAUAUCAAAGGCUGUGAUUGUACUUAGCUUACUCCCACCAAGUUUUCAUGAUGUCAUAGCGAAUGCAUGCAUAGAGCACAAAAAGCACCUCGUGACUGCAAGCUAUGUUAAUGACUCAAUGUCAGGAUUACAUGAAAAGGCCAAAGGUGCUGGUGUUGCAAUUCUUGGCGAAAUGGGCUUGGAUCCUGGCAUAGAUCAUAUGAUGGCAAUGAAGAUGAUAAACCAAGCACAUGCCAGAAAAGGAAAAAUAAUAUCUUUCACUUCAUAUUGUGGUGGCCUUCCAUCUCCGCCUGCUGCAAACAACCCACUGGCCUACAAGUUCAGUUGGAACCCAGCUGGAGCUAUUCGGGCAGGAAGGAAUCCAGCAAUUUACAAGUCUCAUGGCAAUAUUGUACAGGUUGAUGGGAGAGAACUCUACGAUUCAGCAGCAAGUUUCCGCUUACCAGAUCUACCUGCUUUUUCUUUGGAAUACCUUCCCAAUCGAAAUUCUUUAGUAUAUGGAGAUCUUUAUGGAAUUAGUAAGGAAGCCUCAACCAUUUUUCGUGCGACCCUCCGAUAUCAAGGGUUUAGUGAAGUAAUGGCUUGUCUAGCAAAAAUUGGGUUUUUUGACGCUGAAGUUCAUCCUAUUUUGAAAGAAGACAAAAGACCAACUUUCAGGGCCUUUCUAAUUGAACUUUUGAAACCCAGAAGUUUGAAUCAUGCGAUCUCUGAGGAUCUUGAACGAUCGAUUGCAGAUGAGAAAGAAAUGGUCAGGAGGAUGAUUAUGCUCGGGCUCUGCAAAGAAAUGACAACAGCAAUUAAGACAAUCAAAACUAUCAAGUUUUUAGGGCUUAAUGAGGAUGAUAAAAUCCCUGUAGCAUGCUCUAGUGCAUUCGAUGUUGUAUGUUUGCGGAUGGAAGAGAGAUUAUCUUACACUGGUGAAGAGCAGGACAUGGUGCUCCUGCAUCAUGAAGUGGAAGUAGAGUUUCCUGAUGGUAGACCAAACGAGAACCACCGAGCCACUCUAUUAGAGUUUGGGAGAACUCAAAAUGGGAAGACAAGCACAGCAAUGGCUCUCACUGUUGGCAUCCCAGCUGCAAUCGGAGUAUUGCUUUUGCUUCAGAACAAGGUUCAAACAAGAGGAGUAAUUCGACCCCUUGAACCAGAGGUCUACAUGCCAGCAUUGGAUAUCUUAGAAGCAUCAGGAAUAAAGCUUCUGGAGAAAGUUGAGACUUUAUCAGCUUAGCACGAAGGUGCAAAGGAUAAUACACAAUAAGAAGCUCCACAACAAAUAUUAUCUAUUUCUGUGGAGCCUCGGUUCGAAUAUAUUCUUAUAAAGGAGGUCGAGCUCAAGAUGGAUUGAAGCAACAUUGUUGUGGAUAUGAUAUAUGUAUCUAAAUAACUGUAACUGCUCAAAGAGCCUUGACAGGCAUCUGCUGAAGGCUUUGUCAAAUUCUAUAAAUAGGUAUAGCCUGUAAUGAAAAGUCAUUUGAUCUUUCUUAAGGCUUGUGUAACUUGACAAAUAAGCAGAUAAAUGAAGUUUUCUUGAGGAUGUGCUCAAAA